CUGACCAGCAACCUGUCACCACAGCAUAUAGAGCGCAAGACCUAACAGAGCUUUUAUACGGGAAACUGGAACGGACAGGGCUCCGGGAUGUCUCCGAGGUCUCGUCCGUGAGAAACCACAGAAUGAACAAUCGAAACAGACACUGCAAAGUGAGGCAGGAGUUUUAAUUGAAAGGAACAUCUGGAUAUAACAGUUCCUUUUAUUAUUGCCUUUGGAUACGUUGUUUCCAACUUCGCUUGACGGGUCGGAGUGGACUACCAACUGUGCUUCCAGUGGAGAGGUUCGUCUUGGCGAGCCAGGAGCGGGGAUAAACAGCCGCUGACCGCGCACUCUGAAGUGGACUAAUCUUUACCCAGCACCCGGUGGACUAGCCUACCAGGCAACGCCCGGAACCCGAUCAGCUGAUCACUUCGGAUUCUUAGCGGGAUAACUUUGGAACUUUCCCCCCUCGUGACAAUGAGUCGGGCUGUGUACACUCUUGCGGCGGUAGCGCUCUCCCUCGCGCUGCUGUGCGGUCCAGGACCCCUUGGUCUGGUGCGUGCAUUCGGCGACGAGGCAGAGGAGAUGACUUGCGACCCGAUACGCAUCGCCAUGUGCCAGGACCUGGGAUACAACGUCACCAAGAUGCCCAACCUGGUGGGCAACGUCCUGCAGUCAGACGCCGAGCUCCAGCUCACCACCUUCACACCACUCAUACAGUAUGGCUGCUCCAGCCAGCUGAAGGUACACACACACACACAGCAUAUAUUUUACUAUUUUUGUGCGGACCUCAAAUUGAUUUCCAUUAAAAAUCCUAAUUUUUCCUAAACGUAACCCUAACCUUAAUCCUAACCCUAAACCCUACCCCUAAUUGUAACCCUAAACCUAGCCCUAAGCCUAAAAUAGCCUUUGUCCUCGUGGGGACCUGGGAAAUGUCCUCACAAGGGAGAAUGUUCCUUGUUUUACUAUCCCUGUGGGGACUUUGGUGGAUUUCCGGUACCCACACACACUCUCUCUAGCUGCUCCAGCCGACUAAAGGCAUACACACACACUGUUGGUUCUCAGGCUGGGCUGUGUGUUGGAGCAGGCAGUGUAUAGUGGAGAGAGACAGAGAGCACAUGACAGAGUUGCAGGGAGGCAGCCAGUCUUGGUUCAGCAGCACGGGGCAAUGAGGUAAUACAUGUCUGAGGAGAGGAGGGGGCCAGGCCAGCUCCACAUGGCAACAACAAUACUGCCCUCAGUACUACUCUCUGUAAGGCCACUUGUCUGCCUGAACCACCAUGAAGCUGGAAAUUAAAUCCUUCCCAUUUUGUCUUUCUCAUAUGGUUUUUAUUGUCCUGACUGAAGUGACAAAUGAGGACACUCUUAGAAAAAAAAAGGUGCAAUCUAGAACCAAAAAUGGUUCUUCGCUGUCCCCAUAGGAGAACCCUUUGAAGAACCUCUUUUGGUUCCAUGUAGAACCCAAAAUAGUUCUACCUGGAACCCAAAAGUGUUCUACCUGGAACCAGAAAGGGUUCUCCUAUGGGGACAGCCGAAGAACCCUUUUGGAACCCUUUUUUCUAAGAGUGUAGUUAUUUAUGUGGUUAGAUAGAAAUGUCAGGAUGAAUGGAUCCAGUUUUCUGUUGUUUACCAUUCCAUAGCCUGUAGACACAGCAUACCACUGGCAACCUUGUCUCUAAGGAUAUUCCUUAUCCUGACCAUUGAGAUACAUUAACAUAUAUUCAGUCCAAUUCUAAUUGAUUUAAGGGCUUUUGUGGUAUUAUUAUGGUGUUGUAGUUGGCUGGAUGGUUAUUUGUGUGAUUAUGGGUUUGCGUAGUUUGUGUUGUGAUUGUCUGUCUCUUGUGGUUCAGUGUGUGAGCGUGUUAUGUGAGCGCUCCGGAGUGACGGCCGUGAAAUGUUUCCAUUUCCUGUCUGAGCACAGAAACAUCCCACAGAUUAGGCUCUUUCUUACACACACACACACACACACACUCAGACAUUCACCAGAGGAAAUGGAAACUAGAUCUUGCACAUGGCUUUUCUAAUAGGAAGAAUCCCCCAGGUAUCCACACACACACUGGGCCGUGAACAGAGGCGGCACUCAGCUUACCUGCUGCGGAGGAAAACAAGCCUUCUCCAGUCCAGCUAGUGAUCAGAGAACAGUAGCACAGUUCCAACAGAGAGAAACAUCACUGAUAUAAUCUCACACUCUCACAAUGCUGCCUUGCGCUUCCCACUGCUUCCCACGCCACAGGAUAGCCCCCCCCCCCCCCCCCCCCCCCCCCCCCCACACACACCUUAGCCCGAUACAUUCACUUGUGUUUAUGGCUAGACAGUUAUCUUUACUGCAGUAUGCUGACCAGAGAGUCAGAGUAGAGUUUGUCCCUCUCAGUUAAAGUUAAUCAGACGUUCAUCUCUCCGGGACAUUGUCUGUAUGACUAUUCAAUUACCUGUUUAUUUGUUGUAGUAGCUUUAAUAAUCAUUUAGAAAUUCACUAAAGGUUUCACCACAAUCUUUUGUGAUAGUUGCCUGGUUUUCCUGACUAAGCUCAAAACAAAUUAGAAUAGGAAGCAGACUAAGGACCAUGAUGCAACACAGGGAAAGCAGACACAGAGCAAUGCACACAGAAUCAUCAUAGAAACUAUUUUAGAAAUUCAUUAAGUGACAUAUGCAAAGAUAACACCUCUCUCUCUCUCUCUCUCUCUCUCUCUCUCUCUCUCGCUCCCCAGUUCUUCUUGUGUGCGGUGUACGUGCCCAUGUGUACAGACAAGGUUCCCAUCCCCAUUGGGCCGUGUGGCAGCAUGUGUCUGUCUGUCAAGAGGAAGUGCCUGCCUGUCCUAAUAGAGUUUGGCUUCGUCUGGCCAGAGCUGCUCAACUGCAGCCUGUUCCCCCCUCAGAACGACCACAACCACAUGUGUAUGGAGGGUCCAGGGGACGAGGAGGCAUUUGUCCGGCCCCUGCCGCCCCAGGAGGAGGAGUGCCAGGCCCUGGGGGCAGGGCCAGACCAGUAUGCCUGGGUGAGGCGGAGCCACAGCUGUGCGCUGCAGUGUGGGUAUGACGCAGGGCUGUACCGGCGAGGAGACAAGGUGUUUACAGACGUGUGGAUGGCAGUGUGGGCAGUGUUGUGUUUCCUCUCUACCACUCUGACCGUCCUCACCUUCCUCCUGGACUCAACACGCUUCUCCUACCCCGAGAGACCCAUCAUCUUCCUCUCCAUGUGCUCCAACCUCUACAGCGUCGCCUACCUGGUGAGGACAUAGGACUUAGAGCAGGGGUAGGCAACCCUGGUCCUGGAGUGCCGCAGGCCCUUCAUGUUUUUGAUUUAACUGACCUGGAAGACCAGGUGUGUUCUAAUUUAGGCAACCACUGAACUGUUCCAGCCGGUGACGCCUCCACAUACAAUUUAAGAAAAUCAUCAAGGAUAACACAAUAAAGCUUGAAAGCUUAUUUCCAUUGUGGUCCUUUUGGAAAGGAUAGGCAGCAAUGGUAGUGGCAACAAACAAUGACAGACAAAAUUGUUGUUUGUUUCAUAAAAUGAGCUAAUUAUUACAGUUCCAUUUCCUAAUAAACAAAUGUGGACAGGUACAUCUCCCUUGUCUCACAUACCACUAAUAUAUACAACUAUCUAAGUCUUAUAUAUAUAUACAAGAAAGGAGGCCAGAGUCAGGCGUACCUACAGGGUGCAUAGUUGGAACAGAAAACAGGGUUGCCUACCCCUGACUUAGACGAUUAAGCUCAUGUUUAAAGCACUGGGCUGUUUCUCAAUAGUUUAAAUUAGCCUCCUCUUCUCCAUGAUCACCAAUAUGACAGGUGGGAGCAGUUUGUUGUAAACCUGUCCAGUCCUUUCAGCUACCAGUGGUAAUGAGGAAAGUAGACAAGGACAGGAAGCCAUGCUAGAGUACGUAGACCCAGCCCUGGUCUCCUGGAUGACCUGAUGACCCCUGGUCUCCUGUAUGACCUGGUGACCUCUGGUCUCCUGUAUGACCCCUGUGUCUGUCUGUGUUUCCCUGUAGGUGCGCCUGACUCUGGGUCGGGAGCGUGUGUCCUGUGAUCUGGAGGAGGCAGCGGUACCUGUUCUGGUACAGGAGGGGUUAAAGAGCACCAGCUGUGCCAUCGUCUUCCUACUGCUCUACUUCUUUGGCAUGGCCUCCUCGCUGUGGUGGGUACACACACACACACACACACACACACACACACACUCUGGACAAAAGUAUUACAUUGUAAGGAAUAGAUUUGAAUGAAACCGUUAGAACAGUCGCCUCCCAGCUCUCUAACCCGUCUCUCUCUCUGUCCCCUCCCAGGUGGGUGAUCCUGACUCUGACCUGGUUCCUGGCGGCAGGGUUAAAGUGGGGUCACGAGGCCAUCGAGAUGCACAGCUCCUACUUCCACAUAGCAGCCUGGGCCAUCCCCGCCAUCAAGACCAUCGUCAUCCUCAUUAUGCGACUAGUAGACGCUGAUGACCUCACGGGGCUGUGCUACGUGGGUAACCUACAGCAGGAGGCUCUGACGGGCUUCGUGGUCGCCCCGCUCGCCACUUACCUCCUCAUCGGGACGCUGUUCAUCUGCGCCGGCUUGGUGGCCCUGUUCAAGAUCCGCUCCAACCUACAGAAGGAAGGGGCGAAGACGGACAAGCUGGAGCGUCUGAUGGUGAAAAUCGGGGUGUUCUCUGUGCUGUACAUGGUGCCUGCAUCCACUGUGAUAGGCUGCUACCUCUACCAGCUGUCCCACUGGGGGGACUUCAGAGCCAGUGCCAGGGACUCAUACGUGGCAGCAGAGAUGCUGAGGAUAUUUAUGUCUCUGCUGGUGGGUAUCACGUCGGGCAUGUGGAUCUGGUCGGCCAAGACCCUCCACACCUGGCAACGCUGCUCUGCCCGCCUAUGGAGGGACGGCCGGGCAGGGAGGGGCAAGCGUGCACCGGGGGACAGCUGGAUAAAACCUGUCAAGGGCAAUGAGACAGUGGUGUGAGUAGAGAGGGAGCGAAAGAGAGAGGGAGAGAAAUAGAGAGGGAUAGAGAGAGAGGGGAAGAUAGGAACCGGGUGGCUUUUUAAAGCAAACCUGCCCCCAAACCCACUAUUAGAUCCGCUACCUGAUGGAGAGAGGGAACGAGAGAAGGACUGGAACGAGAGAAGGACAGACAGAUCAAUAGCACCACUAAGCAGACAGCGGUCUCCUUUGCCCACUGUGUCUGUGGUUCUCUCCCUCCUAGCAGACUCUAACCCACUGCCAGAGAAGAGACUGACCCUGUAGCCUACAGCAGACUCUGGGCUGAUCUAUAGGACCUUCUGACUUUAGAGAGUUGUUCUUAAAGGUUGAAUUUACACUGGAGAGUCAUGGUCCAGAUGAUUUACAGAUCUAAACUACAGCCACACUGAAAUGCACUAUGACUAGCUGAUGUGGAUGUAGCUUGGUUAACGUGCCUUAUAAGGAACGGAGGGCUGUGCUGCCCAGCCAGUCACACUCUGGAGGCUAUGAAGCUAUGCUACUGCAAAGGCACCUGGGAGUUGUAGUGACUUGACUCUGGUGCUGCAGCUAAGGCACCUGGGAAACGUAGGCCUAUGUCUUUUACCUCAGUGCUCAGCGAGCAGCACAGCUGACCUCCACUGACCUACACGCAGUCUUAACGAGGAAACAGACACUCAACUUUGAACUCUGAACUUUAACCCUUGACCUUCUCCAGUCACUCA